AUGGCUCACGCCGCAUCCCAGCUGAAGAAGAAUAAGGAUGUGGAUGUAAACGCCAUCGAGGAUGAGAAGGAGCGGAAGAGAAAAAUCCGGAAACACUCCCGUGAUCAAAAGAAAAAGUCGGACAGCAAUGCCAGCUAUCUGCGUGCUGCCCGAGCGGGAAACUUGGAGAAGGUGCUCGACUACCUGAAGAGCGGUGUAGAAAUCAACAUCUGCAACCAGAAUGGGCUGAACGCGCUGCAUCUGGCUUCUAAGGAGGGCCAUGUGGAGGUGGUGGCCGAGCUGCUGAAGCUCGGAGCGUCUGUCGACGCGGCGACCAAGAAUGACAUCACGCCCCUGCACGUGGCUGCCAAAAGAGGUAACGGUAACAUGGUGAAGCUGCUGCUGGACAGAGGUGCCAAGAUCGACGCCAGGACCAAGGACGGUUUGACGCCGUUGCACUGUGGAGCGCGGAGCGGUCAUGAGCAGGUUGUGGAGAUGCUGCUGGACAGAGGGGCACCCAUCUUGUCAAAGACUAAGAACGGGCUGUCUCCGCUGCACAUGGCUACGCAGGGCGACCACCUGAACUGCGUGCAGCUGCUCCUCCACCACGACGUGCCUGUGGACGACGUCACCAACGAUUACCUCACUGCCCUGCACGUGGCCGCACACUGCGGUCACUACAAGGUCGCCAAGGUCAUCGUGGACAAGAAGGCCAACCCCAACGCUAAAGCCCUGAAUGGUUUCACUCCUCUACACAUCGCCUGCAAGAAGAACCGGGUGAAAGUGAUGGAGCUACUGCUGAAACAUGGCGCUUCUAUUCAGGCUGUUACAGAGUCGGGACUCACCCCUAUCCAUGUGGCUGCCUUCAUGGGUCACGAGAACAUCGUCAAACAGCUGAUCCACCACGGAGCCUCGCCUAACACCACCAACGUGAGAGGGGAGACAGCACUCCAUAUGGCAGCCAGAGCAGGACAGUCAGACGUGGUGAGGUACCUGAUACAGAACGGAGCAAAAGUCGACAUCAAAGCCAAGGACGACCAGACGGCGCUGCACAUCUCCAGUCGUCUGGGGAAGGUGGACAUCGUCCAGCAGCUGCUGCAGCGGGGCGCCGCCGCCAACGCGGCCACCACCUCCGGCUACACGCCCCUGCACCUGGCCUCCCGCGAGGGCCACCACGACGUCGCCUCGCUCCUCAUCGAGCAGGGCGCCUCCCUCACCACCGCAACCAAGAAGGGCUUCAGUCCUCUCCACGUGGCAGCCAAACACGGACAGCUGGAGGUGGCCAACCUGCUCCUGCAGAGAGGAGCCGCGGCAGACGCAGAGGGCAAGACUGGGCUAACUCCGUUGCAUGUGGCAGCACACUAUGAUAAUCAGAGGGUGGCUCUGCUUUUACUGGACCAAGGAGCUUCUCCGCAUGCCGCCGCAAAGAACGGCUACACGCCGCUGCACAUCGCGGCUAAGAAGGGCCAGCUGGACAUCGGCACCACGCUGCUGGAGUACGGCGCGCACACCAACGCCUGCACCAAGCAGGGCAUCAGCCCCCUGCACCUGGCCGCCCAGGAGGGCAGCGUCGACCUGCUCUCGCUCCUGCUCAGCAAGAGCGCCAACGUCAACAUGGGCAAUAAGAGUGGACUGACACCACUGCACUUGGCUGCUCAGGAAGACCAGGUGGGUGUGGCCGAGGUGCUGCUCAACCAUGGAGCAGAGACUGACGUGCGGACAAAGAUGGAUUACACUCCAUUACAUGUGGCUUGUCACUAUGGCAACCAGAAGAUGGCCAACUUCCUGUUGGAAAACCGUGCUAAAGUCAAUGCCAAAACGAAGAACGGGUACACCCCUCUUCACCAAGCCGCCCAGCAAGGCCACACCCACAUCAUUAAUUUGCUGCUGCAGUACGGAGCGUCAGCCAAUCAGCUCACUCUGAAUGGGAACACACCCCUGUCAAUGGCCCGAAGGCUAGGCUACAUCUCUGUGGUGGACACACUAAGAGGAGUGACUGAUGAUGGCCUCUGCAAUGUGGCUGCGACAGAGAAACACAAAAUAAACGUCCCGGAGACCAUGAACGAGUUUCUCGACAUGUCGGACGACGAGGUGCAUAGAGCCAGUCAGCGAGAUGUUGCCAGUGAAGACAGUCAAUCUGGUGGGGAAGAAGGUGAGGAUGCGAUGACCGGAGACACGGACAAGUAUCUGCGGCCGCAGGACCUGAGGGAGCUGGGGGACGACUCCUUACCACAGGAGGGCUACAUGGGCUUCAGCAUCGGAGCACGGUCCGCCAGCCUGCACUCCUUUAGUUCUGACAGGUCAAACACACUCAACCGCAGCUCUUUCGCCCGUGACAGUAUGAUGAUCGAAGAGAUCCUCGCUCCCACCAAAGACCCGCACCUGGCUGUAACGCGAGAGUCGGAGUGUUUGAGGCGAUACAGCUGGACUCCAGACACACUGGACAACGCAAACACCGUCUCCAGUCCCAUCCACUCUGGGUUCUUGGUCAGCUUCAUGGUGGACGCUCGGGGCGGGUCCAUGCGGGGCAGUCGCCACGACGGCAUGCGCAUCAUCAUCCCGCCCAGGAAGUGCCAGGCUCCCACGCGCAUCACAUGCCGCCUCGCCAAGCGCCACCGCCUGGCGUACCCGCCCCCCAUGGUGGAGGGGGAGGGGCUGGUCAGCCGGCUGGUGGAGAUGGGGCCGGCCGGCGCACAGUUCCUGGGGCCUGUGAUCGUGGAGAUCCCCCAUUUUGGCUCCAUGCGGGGGAAGGAGCGGGAGUUGAUCGUCCUGCGCAGUGACAACGGCGACACGUGGAAGGAGCAUCAGUACGACUGCCGACCGGAGGAGCUACUGGUGCUCCUCAACGGCAUGAACGAGGAGCUGGACAGCCCUGCUGAGCUGGAGCACAAGCGUAUCUGCCGCAUCGUCACCAGGGAUUUCCCACAGUACUUUGCGGUGGUGUCACGGAUCAAGCAGGAGAGCGACUACAUGGGGCCGGAGGGCGGCGUGCUGUCCAGCGAGACCGUCCCCAUGGUCAAGGCAUCCUUCCCACCUGGUGCUCUCACCAAGAGGAUCCGAGUGGGCCUGCAGGCUCAGCCAAUCCCAGAGGACCUGGCCCUGAGUGUGGUGGGUAACCGCGCCUCGUUCAGCCCCAUCGUCACCGUGGAGCCGCGGCGGAGGAAGUUCCACAAGCCCAUCACCAUGACGAUCCCGGUGCCCCCUCGCGUGCGGGAGGUGGCCGCUAGUGGACGGAAGGGCGACUCUGCCCCCGGCCUCAGGCUUCUCUGCAGCAUCACAGGAGGAACAUCUCCUGCCCAGUGGGAGGACAUUACAGGCACUACGCCACUGUCCUUUGUUACAGACUGUGUGUCCUUCACAACCAAUGUGUCUGCCAGGUUCUGGUUGGCCGACUGCCAGCCCGUGCCGGAGACGGUUGUCCUGGCCGCACAGCUGUACCGGGAGCUCAUCUGCGUCCCGUACCUGGCCAAGUUCGUAGUGUUCGCCAAGACGCUCGACGCCAUCGAGUCGCGGCUCCGCUGCUUCUGCAUGACCGACGACAAGGUGGACAAAACUCUGGAGCAGCAGGAGAACUUCGAGGAGGUGGCGCGCAGCAAAGACAUCGAGGUUCUGGAGGGCAAGCCCAUUUUUGUGCAUUGCUAUGGAAACCUAUCUCCACUGACCAAAAGUGGGCAGCAGCUCAUCUUUAACUUCUAUGCCUUCAAGGAGAACAGACUGCCCUUCAAUGUAAAGGUACGAGACCUGGGUCAGGACCCAUGUGGCCGUCUGUCCUUCCUCAGCGAGGCCAAGACCAGCAGGAGCCAGUCCCACUCGGCCAUAUGCAACCUCAACUUCGCACUGCCAACUCACAGGAAGGAAAUGGAGUCUGAUCCAGAUGAUGAGAAUGAAAACAAAGAGCGGCGCCAUGCUUUUGCCUCUCUAGCUUUGCGUAAACGCUACAGCUAUCUGUCUCCCCCAGCCUCCACUGAUCGAGAGAACACACCACAGCAAAAAGCAUCAACAAUGCCACAACAACAGACUCCGGGCUAUGCUUACAAGCCUGUCUUUUCAACGCGAUCCUACCAAUCCUGGUCAUCUAACACUCCCGUUCAUGCGCCUAGCCAGGCCAAAUCCGGUUUCGGAUCCCUCUCCAGUUCUUCCUCCAACACACCCUGUGCCUCGCCACUAAAGUCGGUCUGGUCCAUCAACUCGGCGUCCCCCAUCAAGUCAGUCAUCGGAGGCUCCCCAGCCGCCUCUGUUAGGUCCUCUAGUGAGAUAGGUUCCCCUGCCCGCUCGUAUAGAACCAUCUCCUCCCCGAUAAAGACAGUGGUGCAGCAGGCUCAGUACCCUGUCCAGUCCUCGCCCACACUUCUGUCGUCCCCUGGGAAAAGUGCCCCCGAUCCAGUGUCUGUGAAAGGGUUGGCCGCCCUGCAGGCCAGGACUUCCCCUGUGCCACCUAGCGGGUCCCUUCUCGAGAGGUCCUCCAUUGCCAUGACCCCUCCAGCCUCUCCCAAGUCCUCCUUGAGCAUGUACGGCUCCACUUUGCCCUACAAGAAAGUGGUGACCUCCACUUCCCCAAUCACGUCCUCACCAAUCAAAACUGUCCCAGGUCUCUCCUCUGUCCGGACGAGCACGGACCCCUCUGCUGUUUCGAGGGGGCUGUUCUCAUCUCUCACUUCACCCCUGAAGUCAAACGCCGCCCCAAGCACUGCAGCACUGAUAAACGGGACAGUGUCCCCAACCAAAUAUCGCUCUGCUUCCCCAACCUCUCUCCUGUCAAGCACUCUGCAAGAACGGAUCCAGGCAACGACAAACGCAGCCACAACCAGCGUCAACGCAGCCCUUGACGAAGUAGAAAAAACCUUCAACUCCUGUUCUGCCUCAGGCUAUGGCACGCUAAAGUCCAUGUCCUCCACACCAUCUUCCUCCUAUCAGUCAUUCCGGUCCUCUGCUUCCAACUCCAUUUAUGCCAACAUGAGGCCCUCACCUUCCUCCAACACAUCUGUCACGUCGAGUACCGUCACAGUCCCCGUAUACUCUGUCAUUAACGUCUUACCUGAGCAGCACCAAUUUAAAAAGCUUCCAGACGUGUCCAAAUCAGCAGCUGCCCUCUUGUCCCCUAGAAAGAUGGCCCCCACUGAACCCAGCAAACAGUCCCAGUCUUCCUUUGCCAGGACUUUAUCACCAGUCAAAACCCCACUGUUCAUGUCUCAAUCAGCUCUAAAGUCCACUGCCUCCACAUCCCCUCUCUCUUCCAGCCAGGAGAUACUGAAGGAUGUGGCCGACAUGAAAGAGGACUUGAUCAGGAUGUCGGCCAUUUUACAGACAGACACCAGCUCAACCACAAAAGGUCUGCGUUCUGAUUCUCCAAAAGAGAAGAUGGAGGAUGAGGAGCCUUACAGAAUAGUAGAGAAAGUUAAGCAAGAUCUUGUCAAAGUCAGUGAGAUACUGACCAAAGACGUGCUUAGAGACAGCAAAGUUCCUCGCAAACCAAGCAUUGAAAACGAGGAUGAGAUAGACGACAGCCAACACAAUAACUGGAGAAGUCCACCCCGAUAUGAAACAGUGGCCCAACAGGCUAAAUCAAAGAACGUACCUGAAAGGGAUUUUAACCUGGCAAAGGUGGUGGACUAUCUUUCCAAUGAUAUUGGUGCUAGCCCUCUUUCCAAAAUUGCAGAAGCCAAACAAAGGAAUGAGGAAGUGAGGAGAGAAGGGGAGGAGAAACAGAAACGAGUGCUAAAACCUGCCAUGGCUGUACAAGAGCACAAGCUCAGAAUGCCGCCUACCAACAUGCGCCCUUCUGCCUCAGAAAAAGAGCUUUGCAAGCUAGCUGAAGCCCUGUUUGGAAGUGAUGCUGUGUUGGAUUCCCCCGAUGACAUAUCUCACGACCAGGAUAAAAGUCCUCUCUCAGACAGUGGCUUUGAGACAAGAAGUGAGAGGACACCUUCUGCCCCACAGAGUGCUGAGGGUAUGGGACCCAAGGCCCUCUUCCAAGAUGUGCCGAUCCCUCCUGUCAUCACUGAAACACGAACUGAGGUUGUCCAUGUCAUACGAAGCUAUGAGCCCCCAGAUGACAUUCAUGAAUCAGCCAUGGAGGAGGCAAGAGCGUCUAGAUCACCUGCCCAGUGCAUCGACAUAGAGCCCAGAUCACCUGGAGGAUCCAUUAAGGAUCGAGUCAAAGCUUACCAAGCAAAAGCCAACCAAGAGGAAGACUCUAUGAUGGGCAAGGGCAUGAGGGUGAAAGAGGAAACACAUAUCACAACAACAACCCGCAUGGUCUACCACAAGCCUCACAGUAAAGAAGGUACACCUGAGAGACUGGAAGAAACUAUGUCUGUGAGAGACAUCAUGAAAGCUUUUCAGUCAGGAAGAGAUCCCUCCAGGGAAUUAUCAGGCUUGUUUGAACACAAGACCGGAGGUGAUGGCCACAGAGCUGAAUCUUCACCGAGGCCUUCCGAUAGGGACAUGUCUGGAAUGCCUAAAGUUGAGAGAAUUAUUGAGGUUCACAUUGAGAAAGGGAAAUCAGAGCCAACUGGCGUCAUCAUACGUGAGACCAAAAAACAUCCAGACAAAGAGAUGUACAUCUACCAGGGCCACAGCGGAAUAAAAGAAUAUCCUGGCAGAGGACAGGAAGAAGAGGAGCCUGAGGAAUCACUUCCUUGCUAUUUGGACUCUUCUCGAGUGAAUACGCCUGUGUCUCAGGAAGAUGACAGCCGCCCAAGUUCAGCUCAGUUAAUGGCAGACGACUCCUACAAAACCCUGAAGCUUCUGAGCCAGCACUCUGUAGAGUAUCAAGACGAUGAGUCAUCUGAAGUUAGGGGAGAGUCUUACAAAUUUGCUGACAAAAUGUUCCACUCUGACAAAUUUGACUCCUCGCACUCAGAUUCUGAUGAGUCCGUGAUUGAUAGGUCACGUAUGCAGGGGCCUGACAGGGCUGUCUAUGAGGAAGGGGGCCAACGUGGCUGCAUGAGAGAGUACAUGUUGAAACCAUCAAAGAAUUCUUCAGAUAGGUCCAACCCAGAUGGCCAGUACGACAAACUAACAUUGCUCCAGUACUCCUCAGAGCCAGGUAGUCCUAAACAGUCUGUAUGGAUGCGAGUCACUGAGGAUAGGCAAGUGAAGAACAGGGAAAAGGUCUACGAGGAUAGGGUAGACAGGACUGUGAAAGAGGCAGAGGAGAAACUAAGUGAGGUCUCACAGUUUUUUCGUGACAAAACAGAGAAACUAAACGAUGAGCUGUCAUCCCCUGAGAAAAAGUCCCGUCGGCCAGACUCCAGGGAAACAAGAUCAGGGCCGAGCUCCACACGAAGCAGCCCCGAGAGAUCGGUGUACAAGAGUGGAGGGAGCGGGGAGGAGUGGAGCAGGGACAGAUUUAGGGACAGAUAUGGGUCAAAUGACAGAAAAUGUGCCAGCCUGCCGAGUAGCCCAGAGAGACGUGCGCUCUUUCAAUAUGGCGACGAAAAGCAGAAACAAGCUGAUGUGUCAUCAACAAGCAGUUUGAGUGACACUUCCAAAUCGUUCCAACCCUCCACUUCUAAAGUCAGUUCAGUUAGGAUGAAGUUUGAAGCUGAGGCUCAAAAACAAGAUAAGGGUCCUCAGUGGGCGGGGCAAACAUCACCCUCUACAAUCAGAAAGCUUUCAGAGAGCAAACCAGCCUAUCAGGUCUUUGCAGGUGCUAAUAACCCAAAAUCAGCAGACUCAGGCAGCCGAGAGCAAAGCCCAAAAAGAGAUCAUGAUCCUGAUGGUAGUCCAAAAAAGGGUCAAGGCUAUUAUGUAAGAGGAGCCCAGGCAUACUCUCAAAAUCAGUCAGGUGAAAGGCACAAACCCCUUCCCAAAGGUUCCUCCCCUAGCCACAACACCAAUUUGAAAGAACAGGAGUCUGAAGAAAAAAAAACUUACAAGACCUGGGAAAGCCAUGGCAACGGACACCACAAAGGCCACAAUGAGAGUGAGGGGGAAAUAGCCACCAAGGAGGAAACAACCAAAAAAAUCAUCUAUACAGAGCUUGUGAUCCGAGAAGAUAGCAGCAGUUCUGAUCAGUAUAACAGAAGUCUAAAAAAAAACUCGGAAUCACAAAUUCCUGUUAGGGUAUCAUCUAGUUUUGUAAACCAUCAUCAGAGUAGCACAUUAAAGUUAGAUAAUUCAGUCAAAGCUCAUGAUAGGGGUAGUUCACAAAUACCCACGUUAGCUAGAAGCCGACUGAACUGUAGUUCUGACGACAACAGAUCAUCUAGUGAUUUGUCAUCCAUAGGAUCUGCCUCCGAGUCGAUCGCCACAGUAAUUUGCAAUGGUGUUGAUAGUGAUCAAGUAGAGUACAUGGAAAAGGUGUCACCUGUUGCAACUACAGAGAGUUUCAAAGACAUCAAGCCUUUACCAGUUUAUGUUAGCAUUCAAGUGGGCAAGCAGUAUGAGAAGGAAACUGCCACAGGGCAGCUAAGCACAUACAAAAAGAUAGUCAGUCAUGAAAGCCGGACAGUGCACGAAACUAGGGGAGCAUUUUACCAAGUAAAACAAAAGCAGCCUCCCUCUCCCCAGGGUAGCCCAGAGGAUGACACUCUGGAACAGGUCACCUUUUUGGACAGUUCCGGAAAAAGCCCAGUCACCCCAGAGACUCCUACAUCUGAGGAAGUAAGCUAUGACCUUACCUGCAGAACACCAGAGUCUGUCAUCGGCCCCAUGGCAGGCAUGCCCAGUCCCAUCCCUGAGGAGUCCGAGGAAGAAGAAGGCAGGACUUUCAUCUUCAACGAAUCCAAACCAGCAACACCUUCAGAGCCUAGGAAAGGAAGCCAAGAUGCACUCAAAAGACCAAAAGACAAGAGAGUUGCUUAUAUUGAGUUUCCUCCACCUCCUUCUGCAGACAGAGAGCAGUCUGAGCCAGAAAAGAAAGGAUCUUGUCCCUCCUCUGAGGCGGAGACAGAGAUGAUGGAGGUGAACCUCCAAGAAGAGCAUGACCGGCAUCUCCUUGCAGAGCCUGUCAUACGAGUCCAGCCCCCCUCUCCCCUUCCUCCCGGGGCUGACGAGAGUGACUCAAGUGAUGAUGAGUCCGUGUUCCAGCCCAUUCCUCUUAAAAAAUACAGCUUCAAGAUAGCUGAGGAUAGUCCAGAACCAAAACGGAUAAGGCAGAAGAGGGAUAGGAAUGGCUCGCAGCAGAAGGACUCAGGCUUGAAUGGCGAAGGAAAAGAAGAUGAUGUUGAGCUUGAAGCAAAUGGCAAUGAUCAGUCAAUCACAGACUGUUCAUUAGCAACCACAGCGGAGUUCUCCCAUGACACGGAUGCCACAGAGAUCGAUUCCCUGGAUGGCUAUGACUUGCAAGAUGAGGAUGAUGGCCUGAGUGAUCCAAAAACAUCAAGCCUCUCGAAUGACGGAAAGGCAGGAGAUCGCUCAUUCAGCCAAUCCAAACUUGAAGUCAUUGAGGAAGAAAGCAAUGAGGAGGGAGCUGCGAAAAGCAACUCAAAAGAGCAAAACGCAGAAGGUGAUUUCACACUGGAGGGAAGGCACCCAGAUAGACAAACAUUGGACAGCUGGACAGAUGACAUGAACACCACCUUCAAAACCGUUGCAACCAAGGGUCUGGAGUUUGACCCAUGGUCUACAAAAGAGGGCGAAGAUGAUUGCUUUGACUCCAAAGGAAAAGAUGAGGACCCCAAGCCUUUUGGUUUAUCUGUAGAGGACAAGUCACAAGCAACCACACCAGACACUACCCCAGCUAGAACUCCCACCGAUGAGAGCACACCAACUAGCGAGCCAAAUCCCUUCCCCUUCCAUGAGGGCAAGAUGUUUGAGAUGACUCGCAGCGGGGCUAUUGACAUGAGCAAGCGGGACUUUGUUGAAGAGAGACUUCAGUUUUUCCAGAUCGGUGAGCAUACCUCUGAUGCCGGGAAACCAGGGGACACGGGGAAUGUGGGCAGGAGUGCAGGACUAGUGGCCUCCCAGGCACAGGCAGGGGAGAGAGCUGUAGAGGGGAACGUAGAGGCCACCACAGCCAGCACACCAUCCAUGGCCAACCCCAGUCAGCCCAGCUCUGGCUGCCUGGAUUCCUCACCUAGUGACAUUGCAGAGAUUGCCUCCUCUUGUACAGUCACUGCCUCUAAGGUUGACCCUAAAUUACGCACACCCAUUAAAAUGGGAAUCACUGCCUCCAUUACCAUUAAGAAAGACGCUGCUUCAGCCGAGUUAGCGGACGUUAAGACGGAAAUAUCAGAGAGUCUGAUGGCAGAGUAUGUUAGCUUGAACAGCAAUAUUGUUGAUAGUCAGUUUGGCAGCAAGCGCUCAGAAUCAAAGCCAGGUGACAGAAAAGAUCUUCCUACAGAGAAUUGCAAUAACAACAACAACCUAGAAUCAUCUAGUGUUCAGGCCAACUACAUCCAGCGGGGAAGUGUAGUUUUUAACCUACAGACGUCCUCUCAGCCUACUCUUCAGAAAGCCAGUAGGAUAGAAGCUCAGAUCAGUAAAGACACAGCUGAAAGAGUAGAGGAUAAAGCCAGCACUCAGAGGAAAGCUGACACACCCAAGGAGUCCGAGGUCAGGCAGCCCAAGUCAAGACUCCCAGUCAAAGCCUCUGGAUUUACAUUUCAGAGUUCAACCUCAGGGAAACAGAAACCAAGGCAAGUUGUGAAGCCAGAAGCUAGGAAAGGAAUCACUCCUGCCCCAGUGCCCCUUGAGCCCAGGUCCAGAAUCCCAGUCAAAGAUGUCAAAGCAAACAGUGCACUGGUGGCCCCAGUUACAGCUCAGGUAGCGCCUAGGAUGAUCAGACCCAAGGCAGAGAAGGCAGUCGUGCAGGUAGGCAGUGCCAACAAGCCGCUGCCCAAAGUCAGUCCGCCAGGUGUCUCAGGUACGGUGAGCGAGGCCGUGGCGGCAGCGGCAGCGGCGUGCAGGCAGUCGGACCUGAGCGAGGUGUGUAGACGUUCCAUCGAGUUCUUUGAGAGUGUUAGCGGGGAGACGCUUAAGCUGGCGAAGCGUCUGUCAGACGAGGAGAGGCAGAAGCGCGGGCAGGGAGAGCAGUCACAGUCCGAGGAAGACAGCAGCCGCAGCAGCAGCAUCAGCACCUCCAGGAGCAGCUCCCUGUCGGACCCCUCUCAGCCGUCACAGCCCUCCAACUCCGCCGGCUCCACCCGUGGGGCUGCGCCCUCCAGGGCAAAGGUCACCAGGGGGUCGGGAGGUGAGAGGAAGAGGAGCCGGCGGACUGGAGGUCCUCAAAGCCCUUGUGAAAGGACAGACCUCCGAAUGGCCAUUGUGGCCGACCAUCUUGGACUCAGCUGGACGGAGGUGGCUCGUGAGUUGAACUUCUCGGUGGAUGAGAUCAACCAUAUCCGUGUGGAGAACCCCAACUCUCUGACCGCUCAGAGCUUCAUGCUGCUCAAGAAAUGGGUCAGCCGAGAAGGAAAGGACGCCACGACGGACACCUUGACUGCUGUGUUGACCAAAGUGAACAGGAUGGACAUAGUGACUUUGCUGGAAGGGCCCAUAUUUGACUAUGGUAACAUUUCAGGCACCAGAAGUUUUGCAGAUGAUUGCGCUGUGUACCAGGAUCAGGCUGAUGGUUGGCACAGCGAGACGUCCAGCGUCAACGUGGAGCCGCCCACCCCUGGACGCAGCCUCAGCUCCGACCUCAUCGACCGGCAGGAGAACAGCCAAGAGAAUUCCAGCGACUCCGUCACGUCCUCGUCGCGGGGCGAGUCGGGGCGGCCGCGUCAGAACGGGGAGCGCUCCGACAGUCCGGCCCAGAACCCCAAAAGCCAGCGGAGCGGGAAGAGCAGCGGGGCGCAGGGCAGGGAGGAGGGGGCGCUGGUCUCGGAGCACAAAGUCCAGCUGAGUGCUACGGACUCGGGCUCGGACGAGGAGCACACGGUCACCACCAGGGUGUUCCGCAGACGCCUCAUUCUAAAGGGUGAGGAUGCGAAAAACAUUCCUGGGGAAUCAGUGUCAGAGGAGCAGUUUAUUGAUGAGGACGGGAACAUCAUUACUCGCAAAAUCAUCAGGAAGGUGAUUCGGCGCGUGGACGCCCCUACCCCAGAGGACCAGGGAGGGGAGGGGGACGACAUCAACCUCGACCCCUACCACGGGUCCCUUAUAGAGGGGGACGUGCAGGGGGGCACCCCCCUUGAGGGGGAGGUGUCCAAGUCCAGAAAAAAGGAGGAGAGGAGAUCUGGGGAGAAGAAGGCAUACUCAUAAGUGCAUCUCUGCACCAGCAGACUUGCAGGAUUCAUCGGAUCUGUUCCUUGAGGGCAGCGUCACGACUGCGUAAUCCAGAGGAGCGGACGACUUUGGCCAAUAAAAACACUUCUGCAGCUUCCAUGUGUAAAGGCAUGGUGUUUGUUGAGAGAGCAAGGACAGACACACACACACACACACACACACACACACACACACACACACACACACAGUGUUUGUUGAGAGAGCAAGGACUUGUACCGUUUGAUUUCUUCGCAUGAGCAUGGCAACUCUCACUUCAUCCUGCAGAGCGGGACGCCUGUGGCGGUUUCCCAGCUGCCCCGGGGGGGCCGAAAGGCAACCAUUUCCUGUCUGUUGCGGGACCUCUACGGACUUAUAUCCUGUCACAGAAGGUACUACUUCCUCUCUAUAGAGGAGUCCAUAAGGUUCUAUUUCCUGUCUACUGAGGGACCUGCAGUACAGGGCACCACUUCCUGUCCAGGGGAGAACCUCUAGGGCACUACUUUUUCUCAUCGGAGGGACUCGGCCGGCUCUUCUUCCUGGCUCUAUCGGGACAUGUAGUACGGCUUGAGAUGGGUUGCCAGUGGCAUCAGAGGAGGACACUGAAGGGGGAUCUUCAGAAGCAAUGGGAACGGACUCCCAGCCUCCACAGCAACUUAACACUCAAUUCCAUGUGACCAAAGAAGGCACAAACGAUUUUGUUAAAAAGAAAAAACACACACACAAACAAGUCAAACGAUAUGAACUCUAAAGAAGCUCCUUCCCUCACAGGCCUUACAGCUUAUCUUGGACCCACAACGUCAGGAUGUAAAUUGCGACUUUUUUUAUUUAGCUUAACUUAAUUUUUUUGUUUGUUUUAAAGACAAAUUGAUAAUAAUUUUACUGUACAUAAAUUACAUUGUGUAAAAUUAUGAAAAAUAAGCAUUCAAGGUUCAGAAGGCACAAAGUCACAAGAACUUUUUAAGUGCUUUCAACGUUAUUGAAACAGUACCACUCCAAAGGAAGGUUUAAGUGUAAGUUCACAUGCUCUUGUAUAACUAAUUAUUAUCGCUAAAAUAUUUGUAAAUUGAAAAACAGUGGUUCGAUUUUAACUGAAGUCAUUUCCUUGAAACUUCUGCUGAUUCUGGACUUCCCAGAAUGGGUGUGCUCAUCUAAUUCUGUGAAACAAAGAUUUAGAGUACUAAUAUUUUGACGCAUGCUACUCACGUUAUUUUAAGUACAUUUUUCUAAGUUUGCAAACACUAUAUUUAAACCAGACCAGAAAUAACAUUUCCCUUUCAGCUUCUACAGUCCUUAAUGUUUCUCACAAGUUUUAUAUUCCGAAAAAUGUCACAUAGAGAAUGUGAAGGUAUAUGGUACCUUUGUUUGGACGCUCCCCUGAGGAUUAACCCACUGUGUGUUUUCCUCUUCAGUUUGAAGGGCAUAGCUUCAGGUGUCAGCUUGAGUGCUAAGGACGAGAGGAUAUGUGAAUGUAUAUGCUGGUAGACUGGCUCGCUGUUAAAAAUUAGUAACGUGUCCUGUGUAAACGGCUAUAGGAAGUAGAGGUCUCUGUACGUUUUAAGGCAAUUUGUAAUCAUAUGAGUGUAUCCAUUGGUUUUUCUUUUGUUUGUUUCUUCUUUUAAGGCUGCUGUGAUUUCAGAAAGGGAAAGGCAUUUUUGCCAGGGGUUUGUUGAAAUAUUUCUUCCGAACUGAAAUAAGAGUUUCACAUUUGACCUUCACGGAUUAUUGUUGCUCAUAACAUAUUGUGUGUAUGAUAUAUGAAAAAAAAAACACUGGAUGGUCAUAAUAAUUAUUUAAGCUUAAAUCAACUUGUUUAACUUUACAAUGUGUGACAUCUUUUUAGAAUCUAUAUAUUGCAGUGUUGGCAUUGGUUUGAUUGAUAGCUUAGAAUUUUAUUUUUGCAUCUAGAGUUUUUCUUCUUUGAAUUUAUUUUCCUAGCCCGUUUAGUCGAAUCUGUUGUGUGUAAGGUGUGAAGAUUCAGCCUCUAGUGUGCCGACCGACUCCAUAGACUUGAGAUUGUUUUGCAGAAGAGUCAUCAUGAUGAGGAAUCAUCUUCUAGAAUGUUACUUUUUGCAUCCCCAUGAGAACGUCUGUCUUGGGGAGAGGGUAGGAGGGACUUUUAGUAAGGUCCCAAAUAUUCUGUUGAUUUUAUUUAAUGUUUGUUUCCACCCAAGCAGCAUUUUUGGUGUAUACAAUUCUUACUGAGUGAAGCCAUUUUAAUGUCUCUAUUUCAGCACUUUGGUUAUUGAAGGUCUUCUCUUUUAGAAGCUAGCAGCAAUGACGCCAUCACAAUGUCUCAGACGUCUUUAAAAAAAAUCCAACAUUAAAAAAAUGAAUAAAAAAUGCAUUGAUUUUGCAAAUCUA